UGGGCCCUUUCCAGAGUCUGGCGCGAGGACACGGAUUUCCGCAAGCAUGGUUUCCCUGGGGUCUGUGUUUGGCCUGCUGCUGCUCAUAAUCGUUCGAGCUAGCAGAAGUGCAGGUAUUGGUUUUCGCUUUGCCUCAUACAUUGAUAAUUACAUGGUGCUGCAGAAGGAGCCUUCAGGGGCGGUGAUCUGGGGCUUUGGUACACCUGGAGCCACAGUGACAGUGACCUUGUGCCAAGGUCAGGACACCAUCAUGAAGAAAGUGACCAGUGUGAAAGCCCCCUCCAACACCUGGAUGGUGGUACUGGAUCCCGUGAAGCCAGGGGGACCCUUUGAAGUGAUGGCACAACAGACUUUGGGGAUUGUGAAUCUCACCCUGAGGGUUCACGAUGUCUUAUUUGGAGAUGUCUGGCUGUGCAGUGGGCAGAGUAACAUGGAGAUGACUAUGUUACAGAUCUUCAACGCCUCAAAGGAGUUGUCUGAUGCUGCUGCCUACCAGUCUGUGCGUAUCUUCUCUGUUUCCCUCAUCCAGGCAGAGGAGGAGCUGGAGGACCUUGAUAAGGUGGACCUGUCAUGGUCCAAGCCCACUGCAGGAAAUUUGGGCCAUGGAAAUUUCACUUACAUGUCAGCAGUAUGUUGGCUCUUUGGCCGUUACCUGUAUGAUACUCUGCAAUAUCCCAUUGGGCUGGUCUCCUCCAGUUGGGGUGGGACACCCAUUGAAGUCUGGUCAUCUGGAAGGACACUGAAAGCCUGUGGAGUCCCUAAUACAGGCAGUGAAAGAGUUCUUCAGCCUGAGAGAAAGCCCAUGAGGAGCGACUGCAAGAGUGAGGGAUCCUUGUGUCCUUUGGAGAGGUUCCUUCCACCUGCUUCUGUGACGGGACCUGUAACACACUCUGUCCUCUGGAAUGCCAUGAUCCAUCCACUGCAAAACAUGACUUUGAAAGGGGUGCUAUGGUAUCAGGGGGAGUCCAAUGCAAAUUAUAACAGGGACCUGUAUUCAUGCAUGUUCCCUGCACUCAUCGAAGAUUGGCGUCAGACCUUCCACUAUGGUUCCCAGGGACAGACAGAGCGUUUCUUUCCUUUUGGGUUUGUCCAGCUGUCUUCAUACGAAUUGAUGAACACAUCAGAUUAUGGAUUUCCUGAGAUCCGCUGGCAUCAAACAGCAGAUUUUGGCUUUGUCCCUAACCUGAAGAUGCCCAAUACUUUCAUGGCUGUUGCUAUGGAUCUCUGUGAUAAGGACUCACCUUUUGGCAGCAUCCACCCCCGAGAUAAACAGACUGUGGCUUAUCGACUGCACUUGGGGGCUCGAGCUCUGGCUUAUGGUGAGACAAAUUUGACCUUUCAAGGACCACUACCUACGAAGAUAGAACUCUUGACUCACAAUGAGCUGCUCAACCUCACAUAUGACCAGGAAAUCCAGGUGCUGAGGCAAGAUAACAAGUCAUUUGAGAUCUCCUGUUGCAGUGACCAUCAGUGCAAAUGGCUUCCUGCUCCUGUGAACAGUUUUUCUACCAAGACCCUGAUCUUGGGUGUCGAUGCUUGUCUUGGCACUGUGGUUGCUGUUCGCUAUGCCUGGACCACAUGGCCCUGUGACUAUAAGCAAUGUGCCAUUUACCACCCUAGCAGUACCUUGCCAGCUCCUCCCUUCACUGCUCUUAUUACACACCAGGUUCCCAGGCGUAGGGCAGGGGGCUCAAAGGACAUUUGGAGUAGUACCAACUCUUUUAUACAAGGGCGAGGCCUUUAGAUUUGGGCAUUUAGAAGUUUAAAUGAUGACAACAAAUACUAGAAGCCUCACUGAAUAGCUCCCUGCUAGCCCAUGGCUGUUCCUGUAUUCUGAGAUGAGCACUGGCUAAUAGACACUUGAAAUGCUCAUCUUUGUCCUCUAGUUACCUCAAGCUCUGUGCUGAUCUAAUUCUUAACUACAACCCUGGGCAUUACUACCACCACUUCCCUGUUUAGGGAGUGGAUGCCCUAUAUCUGCCCUUCAUGCAAAACUUUGGUUCUUAGCCUGCAAGAGAUUUUAAAGGCCUCAGAGGCUGGUGCUUUGUGUGCUCUUUACAAAACUCCCAAAAUGGCUAAGGAAUGCUAUGAAGUUUCCAUCUAGGGAGCAGAAUCUUCAUCAAAUGUUCCUACCCCAUGACAAAAUAUUUCAAGUAACCCUAGACACACCACAUAUUUGUAUCCUCAUUAAGUUAUUCAAAACUACCUGCUUUCAGCCCAAAUCUUAUUCUAAAAUGAACCUGACACAAUCAGUGUUAUGUUUAGGCAUAUUGGCAGGUACCAAGGACUGGCCUUAAGAGUGAGAGCCCAAAUCACAGGCAUAGGGACACAUGAAAGUAGAUGUACAUGGGGCAAAUGGGUUCUUAAAGUAAAUCUCAAGUCCCUGAGAAAUAGAAGUUCAACUAAGGUUAAUCCCUAUUGAGGAAAGAAUUUAGGUUGACAGGAAAGCUACAUGAUUAGCUUUUAGAGCAAGUAUAGGCAAGGCAAAGGUGAUGAUGCAAUUUACCAUUUGAUGAUAGACAGCUGGCAGCUAUGAAAAUUGCAUCUAUUAGAAGUCGGGAAUAAGCCAAGUGAUGCCCACACCUUUAAUUCAAGCACUUGAGAGGCAGAGACAGGCAAAUCUUUGACUUCAAGGCCAGUUGAUCUACAGAGUGAGUUCCAGAACAGUCAGAAUUAUCUAGAAAAACAGUCUUGAACACCCCAUAAAGAUAUUAGAAAUAAAAGUAUUGUAAUUAA